GUUGGUUGGUCUCGGCUCCAAUUCCACAGGUCUACCGUCUAGGGUCAGGACUCAGGACUCGAGACUCACACUCACAGACACGAUGUCACAUGUCCAGGAAAUCGGUUCUGUGGCAGAUCUAAGGUGGUUUAAGAUCGUAGAAAUCGCCCUUGCUACAGCUCAAAGGAGCUCACAAUGGCUGCCAAUGCUGCGUGCAUCUCCAAGCUUUCUUCUCACACCAUCUCCUUAUCAGCAUUGAAAGCACCUCGCCCAACACACUCUCAAUUGCGAAGUCAGGCCCUUUCCCCCACAUGUGCGGGAAGCGGAUCGACUUUGCGGCCCUCUUUUUUCCUUGGAAGAAGCUGGGAUUCCCGUCCAGUUGACAAGAAAAGCUUGCAGCCUGGCCCGACAGUUCAGCUGCGAAGAGUUUCAGUAAGAGCGGCUGGCAGCAACGGGGGCAGCCGGGAGCCUUGGGACUUCUCACGGUUUCUCAAGACCGUCCUAUACUUCAACGAACCGCCGAAAUUAGAGGAGGUGGUCUCAACAGUCACAAACCCGUCCAAGCUCAUGGAAGCGCUGGGGUCCGUUUUCAGUUCCAGCCAGCAACAAUCUGCCGGCUCUAGAGGGGGCAGGGGAAAGGUCUUGGUGGUGGGGGCGACUGGGGGGGUGGGCAAACGGAUCGUGGAUGAGCUAAGGAAGAACGGAGUGCCAGUUGUGGCCUUGGUACGGGAUCAAGGAAAGGCGCAGAAGCUGCUGGGGCCGCCCAGUCCGGGACUGCAAAUUGUAACAGCGGAGCUAACACAGCCACGAACGCUCCUCCCCGAGUACUUUGAGGGCGUUUCCGCGGUCGUCAACGCGUCUGCAGUCAUCGUCGGCCCAAAGGAAGGUGACACAACGGAACGGGCCAAGUACUACCAGGGCAUAAAAUUCUACGAUCCGGAGAUCAAAGAGAACACGCCCGAGGCCGUGGAGUUCCGGGGCGUGCAGAACUUGGUGGAGGCGGUCAAGGAGCAUCUAGGCUACCGGGAUGGAAAAGUCCUGCUUCAGAUCGAGAACGGCUUACCGAGCGGUCCCGCUUGGGGCGCACUGGACGACGUCGUGAUGGGCGGGAUCAGCGAAAGCGGCUUCCAAGUCGACCGUAGUGCCAGAGAGGACGGCAGUGUAGUCGGCGUCUUCAGAGGUUUUGUCUCUUCCAAGAACUCAGGGGGCUUUGCAAGCAUUAGAACCCGGAAUUUCACACCGCCGCUCGACCUCACGUCAUAUGAAGGCCUUUCGAUACGGCUCAAAGGGACAGGAAAACGGUUCAAGUUCAUCAUCCGGACGGACGAGGGCUGGGACACCGUCGGCUACACCAAGAGCUUCGACACAAAGGCUGACACGUGGCAAACCGUCCAACUGCCCUUCUCCGAGUUCGUUCCGGUGUUCCGGGCCAGGACGGUGACGGACAAGCCGCCUUUCAACCCGGCGACCGUCUACUCCUUCCAGUUGAUGUUCAGCAAGUUCGAGUCCGACGGUGAGCUUAAUCCCACGUACGAAGACGGCGCGUUUGAGCUACCCGUAGCAUCAAUCAAGGCGUACCUCAAGGAGCCCAUCACGCCGAAAUUUGUCCACGUGGGUUCUGCUGGCGUCACUCGGCCCGGACGCCCGGGCUUGGACCUUGAUAAGCAACCGCCGGCCGUCCGAAUGAAUGAUCAACUGGGCGGCCUCUUGACAUACAAGCUCAAGGGGGAAGACGUCGUCAGGAGCAGCGGUGUGCCGUACACGAUCAUUCGGCCGUGCGCGCUAACAGAGGAGCCGGCGGGGGCGGAGCUCCAAUUUGAUCAGGGCGACAAUAUCACGGGCAAGAUUGGGCGGGAAGAGGUGGCGAGGAUAUGUGUUGCCGCACUCGCCAGUCCCGAAGCGCUCGAUAAAACUUUUGAGGUUAAAAGCACGGUUCCCUUCAGCGUGCCGUUCGAGGUUGACCCAUCCAACCCGCCGCCCCCGCGGGACUACACCCAGUACUUCUCCUCGCUCAAGGAAGGGGUGACCGGGAAGUUGGAGAAACAAGUUGCGGCGGCACAAUCAUAGGAUUGCGUUGAAAGGCGUGAGUGACUAGGUUGUACAUAACGGUGUGGGACACUUUCCUCUGUAUAAUACAAUUUUCGUCAUCAUCCAACUCAAGCAAAAUCAUUGAGUACGUACCUUUUUAGUUCUUAUGUCUUUGUUCAGCCGAUUUCCUUUGUAGUUCUGCUCGAUUGGUGAGAACUUUGGAUUUUCAGCGAAGCCAGGUCCACGAAAGGAUGGUCGACAUAGAUUUUUGCAGCUAUUCGCUCCGAACUCCGAGAGGUGCGACGAGGUUUCCGCAAUUAUGUUUUUCAUGUCUAUCUUCUUCAUGAGUCCUUUC